UCCGAGUCCUCGGCCGCCGGCGAGGGGUCGGCCACGCCGUGCGUCGUCGGUGCCCAAAGCCGAGGGACCUUCGGGCUCCGGCCGCAGAGGUCGUCGGUCGCCUGCCGCCGUGGCCUGUCGUUCAGGUCAUUCGUUUCCCAGCGGUUUGGCUGCACACGAGCUGAAGAGGCAUGAGAGCCAGUCAGGAGGACUUUGACAGUGCAGUGGAUCGGAUGAAACUCUUGGAGGAUCCAGACAGUGACACAAAGCUAAAACUGUAUGCGCUGUAUAAGCAGGCCACAGAAGGACCUUGUAAUGUUCCCAGACCAGAGGUGUUGGACAUCAUCAGAAAGGCCAAGUGGGGUGCGUGGAAUGCCCUUGGCAGUCUGCCCAAGGAAGCUGCCCGGCAGAACUAUGUGGAUUUCGUGUCCAGCUUGACUCCUUCACUGGAAUCCUCUAGCCAGGCAGGGCCUGGAGCCGGCAGGAGUCUGCCUGAGUCUGAACACGUGGUGAUGACCUCUGAAGACAGCAUCACGACGAUCAUGUUAAACCGACCAGCCAAAAAAAAUGCCAUCACCAUUCAGAUGUAUCAAGACAUUAUACUUGCACUUAAAGCUGCAGGCAAGGAUAACUCAGCCAUAACUGUUUUUACAGGAAGCGGUGACUAUUAUAGCAGUGGGAAUGAUCUGACUAACUUCGUUAGUUUUGCCUCUGGUGAUUUAGAGAAGAUAUCUGAAGAGAGUGCCAAUACACUGAGGAAUGUUGUAGACACUUUCAUAGAUUUCCCUAAGCCUCUGGUUGCGGCAGUGAAUGGUCCAGCCGUGGGGAUCUCUGUCACCCUCCUUGGGCUGUUUGACACUGUGUAUGCGUCUGACAGGGCAACGCUUCACACUCCAUUUACUAGUCUCGGCCAAACCCCAGAAGGAUGCUCCUCUUACACUUUCCCGAAGAUAAUGGGCCCAGCCAAGGCAGCUGAGAUGCUUAUCUUUGGGAAGAAGAUAACAGCAAGAGAGGCCUGUGCUCAAGGCCUUGUUACUGAAGUUUUUCCCGACCGCACUUUCCAGAGAGAGGUUUGGACCAGGUUGAGAGAAUAUGCCAAGAACUCUCCAAAUGCAAUGAGAAUUGGAAAGCAGUUACUCAGAAGCAGUGAGAAGGAAAAGCUGCAUGCUGUCAACGCUGAAGAGUGCAGAGUGGGGCGGGAAAGGUGGCUGUCGGAGGAGUGUGCUGCGGCCGUGCAGAGCUUCCUCUCCAGAAAGGCAAGGCUGUGAGGAAGUGGCAGCCCGAGUGGCCGGUCCUGCUAACUCUGGGCUCCAGCCCUUAGCACGGUCAACCUCACUGUGCCUUUUCAACGCUCCCACACCAAUUGUAUUCUAUCGCACUUACAGUCCUCAUGGAUACAAACAUUUCUGAAAGAAUUCGCAUAGCUUUUUGGUGAAAGAAAAUCUCACAUCCUUUGCCAUGAAUCGAUGUUGCCAGGAGCACUGGAGCCCGGUGCCAGGGAUGUUGCUAUGAAAAGCGCUCACAGCUUUGCAAGCCGAGUUGAUGUCACUGAACCCCACGAGGGCACUGUGGCAUCCACAAGCGCUGACCGACUGCAUCGGGCCGAACACUGACAGCUGAUCCGUCACCGACUUGAGAUCCUCAGGGGGUUGGAGGUUCUUCGUGAGCCAUCUGGCAAAGGAGCAAAUGGAAGCAACACAUUACUAGGAAGCAAUGUUAAUUUUUCUUUUUUCACAAUUUUAAUAAAUGUGAAAGGAAAAAGGGUCAUUUCAUUGGAAAGCCAUGUGCCUCGUUACAGAAAGACCUCGUUGUCGUAUGAUGGGGUAUUUUCCAAGAGGCAUAACUGCAUGCUGCCUUUUCUGUCUGUGACUUCCUGUUCUGAUUAUUCCCGUAGGUGUCACUUGACAAGAACCAGGAUGCAAUUCCAAGGGCUAUGAAGGUGGUGUGGAAUAUUUUGCUUUUCUAAAUAGUGUUCCUUUUUUCUUUUUUAAUAGUGUUGGGUAUUGAACUGAGGGCCUUCACAUCAGACUACAUCCCCACCCUUUAUUUUUUAAAUUUUGAGACUGGAUCUUGCUAAAUUGCUGAGGCCGGGUGUGAAUUUGUGAUCCUCCUGCUUCAGGCUUGCAGAGUGCUUGGACUACAGGCCUGCACCACCACUGCUGGCAAAAUGCUGCUGUUUUCUGAUUUCACCUUCAAGAAUGAGCUUCCAAGUAACUCAUCAAACUCUUAGCAUUUUAGUUCUUACUUUAUUCUGGUAAUCGUAAUCAAAAUAGUCCAUCUUACAGGAAAUGUAUGAAUGGAAUUAACCAUGCAAGUUUAUUGAACACUUGCUAUUUCUAGGUUAAUGCCCAUAACUAUAUUUUUACCCCACAAAAUAUGCUGCCAGAAAUGGCAAAUGAGGUAGGUACUGUUGCUUUUACAAGUUGGGAUCCUAAGACAAAGAAAUUGAAGUGAAUCUACAAAUGGAAACAGAGACCCCGGAAGAGAGGGGAUAGAUUAAGUUUAACUUGAUUCAUGCAUUAAUAAUGUACACGGUGUAUUGAAGCCUCACUUGCCGCCCCAUUAAUAUGUACAUUCUUGUAUAUACCAGUUUAAAACAAAUUUUAUUUUUAAAACCCAGUUUGAGUCCAGCAGGACUCACUUCAGUGACUGGCAAGGAUGGGGAGGGCAGUCCCGGCUAGAUGACAGGGCCCUCUCAGAGCACCCGAAGGAGCCAGCGGCAUCUGCACUCUGAGCUACCUCAGGAAGCAGAACUGUGGAGCACGUAGUGUUGGCUGCGCCCCAAGAGGCCUCCUCUACCCCUGGCCGUCAGGACCUUUUCCUGAAGCACAUAACCUGGCCCCAGCUGGAGGCAUCAUUACAGUGGCAACACAUCAAGGUCGCAGAAGCCUGCCCAUGACAAAACUUCCUUAAUUUUUUGUCCUUCAAAUCAAGAAGUCCAUCCCCAGUUUUAGUCAACUUCACUGGCUGCAAAAAUUGCAAGACAUUGGGAGUGUCUAACACCACCACCUUUCAGGGCUGUGUAUUUCUUAAUAUUUAUUGGAUUUGUAGCCUGUAUGAUUCGCAUCUUCAAGAAAUGUCUAAUCAUGGAGACUAGACCUACCCAGAUGGAGGCAUCAUAAAACAGCUAUAUAGCUCUGGAUAAAUGAAAAUAAAGACCAUUUUGAACAAAUGC